GGACGGGAUUUGUGCCGAGCACCGAAUCACGUUACUUUAUUCGUGUGCCGUGUACUUCGGGUUCAAUUGAAGAACGCUGACAGUAAAAAGGUCAUCACGAGCGGUGUUCCGAUCGAACGAGUAGCCGCUCAAAAGCGUCAUAGAUGUUCACAUGCACGCGUGUAUUUACAGUGAUUUGUUUGUGUGGAAAAAUCAAUUAAUUGCAACAAAAGCAUAACACUCGUCCAGUAUGGCCGUCGGCUCUUUUGACGGCUGGGAUGCCGUGGUUUUAGCAAGCAUACUGAUCAUAUCAGCGCUGAUAGGAAUAUACUACCGAUAUACUGGCGGCAAGCAGAAGACAACGAAGGAAUAUUUGAUGGCCGAUCAGAGUAUGACCACCUUUCCGGUAUCAUUUAGCCUGAUGGCCAGCUUCAUGUCAGCCAUAACACUAAUGGGUGUUUCCAGCGAGGCUUAUCAAUUUGGUACGAUGUUUUGCGUUAUCAACAUAUCCUAUUUGCUGAGUACACCAAUCGCCGCUUAUAUGUUUCUGCCCGUAUUUUAUCGUAUGCGGACAACCAGCGUAUACGAGUAUCUGGAGCGACGUUUUGGCCAUGCAACACGAUUGGCAGCCUCAAUAGCGUUCACCCUUCAAAUGGUGCUAUACAUGGCUAUCGCUCUAUAUGCACCCGCCUUGGCGCUAGAAGCGGUCACAGGCAUCAACAAGACUACUGCCAUACUAGUAAUAGGACUUGUCUGCACAUUCUACUCCACCCUGGGCGGCCUUAAAGCUGUUCUCAUCACGGACGUCUUUCAAUCGUUUUUAAUGUUCGCGGGCAUCUAUGCUGUGAUUACGGUGUCGGCUAUAAAGGCGGGAGGCCUCGGUGCUAUUUGGCAGGUGGCCCUUGAGCGCGGUCGUGUGGAGCUCUGGGACUUCUCAAUAGAUCCCACGGUACGGCAUACAUGGUGGAGUCUAAUUAUCGGCGGUAUGGUCACCUACCUUUCACUCUAUGGUGUCAAUCAGACGCAAGUUCAGCGACUUUUAAGUGUGCGCAAUUUAAAAGGCGCUCAAUCGGCGCUUUGGUGGAAUCUGCCAAUACUUUGCACCUUGAGCUUUAGUACAAUCUUUAGUGGCCUGGCAAUGUUCCAUUACUAUCGAAAUUGUGAUCCCAUGCUGGAGGGUCGCAUUAAGUCAGGAGAUCAGUUAAUGCCUCUUUUUGCAGUUGAUACCAUGGGCCAAUAUCCCGGUUUGUGUGGCCUGUUCGUUUCGGGAAUAUUCUCGGCCAGUCUUUCGACAAUUUCCUCAGCUGUUACCUCGCUCUCGGCUGUCACACUGGAGGACUAUCUGAAGCCGCUGUACAAAACUUUUUUUAAAAGCGCUUUGGUGGACUCAAAGUCAACGUUUCCAACCAAAAUCGUGGCUUGUAUUUAUGGCCUUCUGUGUAUAGCCUUGGCCUUUGGGGCCGGCUCUUUAGGUGGCGUUCUACAGGCAUCACUUACAAUUUUCGGCGUGGUCGGAGGUCCCCUAUUGGGUAUUUUUACCAUGGGGAUCUUUACCACACGCACUAAUCAACGCGGUGUGCUGCUGGGAUUUAUGUUGGGCUUGCUCUUCUCCUUCUGGAUCGGCUUUGGCGGUCCCAAACCAAAGCCGCCCAUCCUCGACUUAAGCACAGCGGGUUGCAGCUUAAACAAUUCAACUGGUAGCAGCAGCGAACCAUUUAUCGAGGUACUUCGCGGAUUUACAGAGAGUCCGCCAUUGGUUCCAGAGCCGCACUUCUUUUGGCUAUAUCGCCUCUCCUAUAUGUGGUCCUGUGUUCUGGGAUUUCUAAUCACAAGUUCCUGCGGCUACUGCUUCAGCAUUCUCUUGGCAUACUUCAAAUGCGCGGACAAUUCUCAAAUUUACUUAGAUAGGCAACAGAAACUGCUGGACUACGAUUUAUUUGCGCCGCCACUAUCGCGUCGUUUCCAAAAUAUACAUCGGAAACAACAACUGCAGCAGCAAGGCGUUCAAGAUGAAAUGCUGGUCAAGCUUAGGGAUACAUUGUAAGACAACGUACUUAUAUUUUUCAUUUCGUCAUUGUUAAAUAAUGUACAAAAACACAUUCAUACGUAGUGAUUUGUUAGCCACAGCCAUGGCACAAGCGCUACCUAAAGUAACUUAUUAACGUGAACACAAUAUAUUAUGGAGGAUAUACAAAAUAGAUGUAAAUGUAGAAUUUGAAACUGUUCAUCGUACCUAAAAUUGCAUACCAAUGUGACCUAUGUAUUUGUAUACCUGUAUGCAAUUUUUACAUUGUUAACUACGAACCAGCGUAAAGGAGUCUUCCAAUUUGCAAUCUGCAAAAAAAAAUGUAGGAGGGCAUACAUUUUAGCCAUAGAUAGCCACAAUUUUAUAGCAGAACUCAUUUACCUCCUUGUGUAUACAAGUACAUAUAUGUUCAUAUGCACUUACUAUACGUAGAUACAAAUUAUACAAGUAACUACAGCUGCUUUCUGCUGAAUUUAUUACUUAUUUAUAUGUGCAUUGAACAAUAACUCAAUAAUAAUAUUAAGUGAAACACCAAAUGUAACGAACACAUGUAAUUAGUAACAAAAUUAAAUGUGCUGGCCAUUAAAAACAAAA